AUGACACCCGAUAACUACCAAGACCGAGUCGUACAAUCUGUUAGUGAUACACUCAAAGAGCAGAUCGCUGAUCGCCAGCUAGCACCGUUAUUCGAGAAUACUAACAUUGAACUGCCGCCCGGAAAACACGUGUAUGAUGUAAUCGAAUCUCUUGUUGACGGAAAUAAUAAUAUCGAAUUACUCUCACAAAUUUAUGCCAGCCUAGACACUUUUGGCAUGUAUAGCGAAUUUGACCUUCGUGCCGUGGAAAUUGUCAAUAGCGGUUUAUUCUAG